AUGAUGACGUCAUCACCACAUAACAACAACACCCCGCCCGUCCCGAAGCCCUCUGCCGCCAGCCGGAAGACCCCAUCCUCUGCCGCUGCAGCCCGGUCCCACCGUCAGGAACCGGCGGCCGCCCGGUGCCCGCGGUGCGACUCCCCCAACACAAAGUUCUGCUACUACAACAACUACAGCCUCGCCCAGCCCCGCCACUUCUGCAAGACCUGCCGCCGCUACUGGACCAAGGGCGGUGCCCUACGCAACGUCCCCAUCGGCGGCGGUUCCCGAAAGACCAAAAAAUCCUCCUCCUCCUCCGUCAAGGACCAACCCCUCGCCGGAGAUAUUGGAAACCCCCUCAGCUUCUUUCAUGGCCUUCCCCCUGCCAUGGAUUUCCAGCUCGACUUUCCCAAUAACCCCAGCCCCACCGACUUAUCACUCCCGGGGGGCGGACUAACAAUCCCAUCCGGCGGACUAAACCCUAAUUCUUUCAGCUCGGCACUCCAGUUGUCUUCCAGCUGCGCACUAGGGUUUCAGGACGUGUGCCCCACGGCGCUGGCGUCCUCGAUCGAGUCCCUGAGCUACAUCAACCAGGAUCUUCAUUGGAAACUGCAGCAGCAGAGGUUGGGGCUGCUCUUCGUCGGAGGUUAUAAUAAUCACAACAACAACAACAACGACACCGGUUUGCUUGUUCCUCCGUCUUCUUCUUCUGCCGGACGUGCCCGGCCCGGUUUGUAUCAGAACAUGGAGAUUUCGAGCGCUGAUGAGUCAUGCACCGUGAUUGGGGCCUCGUCCGAGAUUAAUAAUGGGGAUUUGUCGACUGAGUGCGGCGACGACGAUUUAGACAACGAAAACAGCGGCAGAAGCUGGAGUGGGUUUCAAGCAUGGACCGGGCUUGGCCAUUUCUGA